CGAUCAACCAAUCACUGCAGCAAAAUCGAAUAAAGCUGCAGUUCCAGCAACGAUCGGCGGCGAUAAGAACCGGAAUGGAACCGGUUAGUGAUUUGGAACCAGGUCGUGAUUUGGUUGCGUACACCUAUGAAUCUUUGGAGUCUUUCACUGACGGAUUCAGCCCAGAAAACUAUGUUGGGAAUACCCAAUACGGAAAACUGUACCGGGGACAAAUCCAGAAAGGUUUGGAGACACUGGGGGUUAUUGUGAAAAUUUGGGUUGAUGAUUCCGCUCCAUAUCCAACAACUGCAGAACAUCAACUAUCUAGAUGGCAGAAUGAAAUCAAGCUAUUGACAGAAUCAGAUGUGAAAAGUCAUCCAAACGUGGCAAAGUUGAUUGGAUUCUGUAGUGACAAUGGCAAGCUUGGUGUUGUCUAUGAGUUACAAGCAAUUGACUCUCUACGGAACCUAAUUCGUAAAGAUGAUUUUAAAUGGAUUGCUCGGAUCAAGGUAGCACUUGGGUUUGCACGCCUACUUGAAUUUUUGCAUGACCAGGGACACUGGCUUCACAACAUUAGUUCUGCUCAUUUAAUGGUUGAACAGAAUUUCAAUCCAAGAUUAGUUGACUUCAGUAUGCUGGUUGGUGGAGUUUUUGGUGGAACUCACCAUAGGAAUGAAGUGGGGAGUGUAGGCCAUGUUGAUCCCCAUGCCUGUGAGGGAGGUGGUUGGUCAGACAAAACAGAUGUUUUUGCAUAUGGAGUUGUACUUCUUGGGUUUAUUGCCAAAAGAGUAUAUGACAAAAAGGACCAUCAGCGUCUGGGACAGUUCGCCAACGUUGAUUUCUGGGCCUGGGUAGAGUACAGUAAAAGAACCCCGCCAAAGUGUUGGCCAUUUCACAAAAAAGCGAGAAUCCCUUUAUUUUUGGGAGAUUACAAAGAGCGCAAGUCUGUGUCACUUGUGGAUGAAAGCCUUAAGAGUGAUCCAUUCUUUGAUGCUCAUGAUGGAGUAGAAAUCACGAAGCUGGCGAUGCGUUGUGUGGAUCGGUGGCCAGAGCAGCGGCCAACCAUGAAAGAAGUAGUUUGUUGUUUGCGAAAACUAAAGGUGGUUAAUUCUAUUGGUGACGUGCUAGGGAGAGAGGAGCAUCCCUGAGAUUGUUGUUGGUGAUGAUGCUAUCCUCCACCAUGAGAAUCCCAGUAACCAUGCUACAUCGAUUCAUGGAUCAAAGCUGUGCAGGUACUACGAACUAUGAAUCACAGUAAUUUUCUUUCCUGUUAAUCUGUGUUCUUAGUAUGGUGCUGCCGCUCAUGUUACUGCAAAUGUAAAAACUUGUCCAUAACUUCGGACUUUUUGUGAUUCUGUCUCAGUUCAGACUACUUGUGGAAUGAGGAGUAAGUCAUGUAUAUUGCAUGGGCUGGGUGUGGUGAUGAGGUUGAUUUAGUUACUGUUAAGCUGGUUAUGCUUCUUGAUUUUUGAAUUAUGAUGCGAUUGCAUAGAGGUAUCUGAGGUGAGUCGACCAUUCAGUCACUUAGCCUAUCAUUCAAGUCCCCUAAAAAAUUUACGGACUAUUGUAUGGAGGUCACGUUUUGU